AUGUCGUCGAGGAUGAGAUCAUCUUCUUACCUGAAACCACCGCUUCCCAAAUCUCCGAUCCGUCUCCGAUCACGCCAAGUCCUCCUCUCCAACUCUUCUUCUUCCUCCACUCUGAAAACACCACCAGGUGUGACGAAGCCGGGACGAAGGUUAAGCCAUGGAGAUGCGGAAGCUAAGCUCCCGAUCGAGUCAGAGGAUGUGAAAACCAGAGCUGAGGCGUCGAAUCUGCAGAAUUUGGCUGCAGAUUCGGCUCCUGUGUUGUUCGAGAGAGGAAGGUUCUACGAGGAGUAUUCGGCGAGGAGGAACGAGAGACUGAAGAGGAAGAGCGGAGGAGAAGAAUCUGUAGUCAAAGGAGUCGAGCCUACGACCACCAAGAGAAGAGGAACCACUGUUGAAAGCAUGAGCAUGACCAAGGAGAACAAGAAGCCUCCUCUUCCUCUUCCUAUUGAUGUUGUUGUAACUAGUUCCAAGAAGAAAAGUGUUACUACUACUACUAUUACUAUGAGGGGUAGGAGAAUCUGA